AUGGGAAAUAAUUUUUGUUACUCAAAAAUAGAGUAAGAAUCAACCAUAUCGUAAUUAAUUUGUUUAUAGAAAUUUAAUGAAUGCAAUGUAUAUCUAACCAUUGGAAAAAUAGAAAAUGAAGCUGUAGAUUGUUUGGUAUAUGAGAACGAUUAAUUUUAAAAAUUUCCAGUUCCAUGUAAAUUUUAAACGAAUGAUAACACAUGCAAUUUCGUCAAAUCUACUGAAAGUACUUUGAUCUUAUUUAAAAAAUAGAAAAUUCAAAAAAUUAUAUUUUUGUUUUGUUGAAAAACUAAGUAAUUGGAGAUGGCUAAAAUCAUAAUGAAAGAGAAAAGUAAAAUUUAUAUGAAAUAAUUUAAGAUGUUCUUAAAAUAGUAAAUUUUAUAACAAAUAUAGGCUGAUGAAAGAUAAAUGAGGUCUAUAGCAUUUCCAGUAUUUUUAAUAAAAGAUUAUACAACCUCAGCAACAAUAAUGCUUAUGGCAAUAAAAAUAUUCAUUGUAGAAUAAAUCUGUUAAAGACUGACAAAAAUUUAUAUCAUUUUAAAUGUAAGUCUAUUUAUAAAGUGUUUUUUCUUUAGUCCAUUGAAUAAGUCUCUAGUUUCAAGUGGGUAUUUUCAUAGGUCUUUGAUAUAAGAAAGUCAUAAACAUUGUACGAGAGUUAAAUCAAUGAGGAUUGGGAAUUGAGAACUACUUAACUCCUAAACUAAAAUGUGUAAAUAGUGAAGAGUAGUAUGCCUUGA